CCGCUGCGACCCCGAGUGAGCCCGCGGGGGCUCGAGCCUCUGGCCUCCGCUGCGGCUCGCGGGCGCUCUGCUCGCCGCGGGAACCGAAGCGGCGAGGCGCCGCCUUCCGCUGGCCCUACCUCCCCGGGCGGAGCUCCAAGCGGAAGGGCUUGCUUUGGCCCUGGGCUGGAGCGGCGAGGAGGCAACGACGACGGCAUGGAGAAAAGCCGCGCGCCUGGAGGCCCGGUUGCCACAGCCUGCAAGAAAAUCGCCAUCUUCGGCGCCACCGGCAUGACGGGCCUGGCCACCCUGGCUCAAGCCCUGGAAGCGGGCUACCACGUGACGGUGCUGGUACGGGAUCCUGUCCGGCUGCCCCCUGAGUUACAGCCAGCGCAAGUGGUGGUCGGAGACGUGUUGAACCGGGCAGACGUCGAUGGAGCCAUGAGUGGGCAGGACGCUGUGAUCAUCAUCUUGGGCACCCGCAAUGACCUCAGCCCCACCACAAUGAUGUCCGAAGGCACCCGGAACAUCGUGGCAUCCAUGAAGUCCUGCGGCAUCCGCAAAGUGGUGGUCUGUCUCUCAGCUUUCCUGAUGUGGGACCUGGAAAAAGUUCCCACCAAGCUGCGGCCAGUGACCGAAGACCACAUCCGGAUGCAGCAGAUCCUGAAAGAGUCAGGCCUGGACUGCGUCUAUGUCAUGCCGCCUCACAUUGCAGGUGACCAGCCCCUCACCGGUGACUACACUGUAACCGUGAACAGCUCGAGUAGUGCCCGAGUCAUCUCCAAGCAUGACCUGGGGCACUUCUUUCUCAAGUGUCUGACCACGUCUGAGUAUGAUGGGAAAAAUGUCUACCUCUCCAGGCAUUAUCCCAAGCCAUGACCCCUCCUCAGAAGGCCGGAAAUCACUGCCUUGGAUGCAUUUGCCCCCCUCCGUCCCUUGUGCUACUGAGUGCCUCCCCGCCUCUCAUAGGAAGCCCAGGAGGGCAGCAGAUGCCCACCCCAGCGCCCUGCAGCAGGCAGACCAGCUGCCCGCAGUCCCUGUGUGUUGAAGCUCCCCUGACUCCAAAUGCAGCUGGGCAGGCUCUGGCUCCUGUGUGGACCGGUGGUCUGCAACU